AUGGAAGAAAAGCAGUGGGGGAGUAUAAUGUCACUUCAAAAGAAAAUCAAGUUAGUGGAACACAAGAAACAGAGAUCUGUCAAGCAUGUGGCAACCUAUCAGGCUGACAGGAAAGCAAAAUACCCUUCAUCACGUGAUAAAUAUCAGAAGAGAUUCAAAUGUGAAUGCCACAACUGCAAGAAAUAUACGGGGAACACUUCUGGAAUUUCUGUGGUGAAGAAAGCAACUUCUCAUUCUUCCUCCCAUGAUAAGCUGACCCAAGACCUCAAUAACUUGACACUCAACCCUAGUACCACUGAGCCCCCUCUUGUGGAAGAAAUGAUGCAGGAAAGUGAAUAG